UAUUUUAAAGAUCUAACUUCUUAUUCAGGCAAAAAUAAUUUUCGAUCCUCGUCCUUGUUUUCCCUCUCUUUUCCUGUCCUUGGAGGGAAAGAAAAACUCCGAAACUCCCCCGCCUCCCCCCCUCCAAAAAAAAAAAAAAACCAAAGCUCUCUCCUUCUACUUGUAACAAAUUUUAGGGUUUUGCUUUACUCAUUUUUGCUUCUCUCUUUCUCUUCAAGUUUUUAUUUGAACUUGCUUGCUCUUCCUUUGCUUAUUUGCUGAAACACUGACUUAGCUCAGCUUCUUCACUUCUUGAUCUUGUUUGGUUCCAUUUUGUUUCAGUUUAGUGUUCUGUUUGAGGGAGCCGGUGUGAGUUAGGGUUUUAAAAGUUUGUCCUCAUUCGGUGAUUGAAGUAGCAAGGUUUGCUCAAAUUUUCUUCAUUCAAAUCUGAAAUGUUUGUGGUGUAAUAUGUCCUAAUUUUGUUUGCACUCUUAGAUAUAGACUGUGUUCGUACUAGGAAUUUGCUGUUUUUCGGAUAUAUUAAUAUACAUCAUGUUGAAGCCACCUUGCAUGUUCUAGGCAAAUCUGUAAGUUAAAAUCCCAGAAUGAGCGCCUGCAUUUUCUACACAUAAAUUAGGUGGAGGGUUCUGGGUAUGAUCUAGUUUUAAGUGUAUGAAGAUAAUAUUCAAUGAGAAAAGGAGACUGUUUUGGGCAAGCAAAUCAGAAUUUUUUGAAUUAGCUUGUUAAUAUAUGCUAAGAGAGUCUUCCAUGGGAAAUUUGUCUUUUUGUUUAGUUUAUUGUUAAAAAAGUUUAAGCUAAAGGUUUACAUGGUUGUUAUUGUAGUUGUAAUUCUUUCAGUCUGCAUUAGAGAGCCAGAACAUAUAUGUUAGGAGUUUAACCCCGGAAAUUUUAAUUAUUUAUUCCAAGCACGCUGGGUAGUGAUAGAAUCCUGAAGUUUGGGAAGGGACGCCUAGUGCAAUGCAAACAAAGAAAAGAAUUUCUGGAAGAAAUGCUUCUCAAGAGCAUGCCAGUCCCAAGGCUUCAAGACCUCAGAGGAAGAUAUCUGAAAAGGUGCAAGGUCCAGAGAAGAAAGUAACAGAGCUAAUUACAUCUUCUGUUAGGAAGCAGAGACUUGCCGGAACAAUCCCAAAGAAACAUGAAGAGCCUGUUGGGGCUGCAAAUUUAAAUGCUAGAUUUGGCUUGCGGCAUGACAAGACUUCUGAUGCUUGUUUGGGAUAUGAUGUGGCUAAUGAUACUCAUGUAGAUCAUAAGGGUGGUGAUCACCAUAUGACAGGAACUAUAUUUUCUCCUGGCUUUCACAAACCUAAGGUUUCUGGAGGGGAGCUUGCUUGUGUAGGUAGGUUAUAUAUAUGUAUCCUAGUACCUUUCUUUGUGAUAUUAAUGCACAUAUCCUCUUUAGUUGACUUUAUUAAAUUGUUUCGGAGGGAAGACUCUAAAAUCCAUCAAGAUGAAAGAAUAGAGGAAUCACAGAUUGAUAUGCUAGAUGCUCAUAUUACUGGGGAAGCUAUUAAGUCUACUUCUGGAGAGGAGAUGCUUGUCCUAGACACAAAUGCUAUGAUUUGUAAUGCAGAUUCAGGAGCUGUCCUUUCAUCUGAAGUUUCAGCCAUAUACCUUGCCAUGAAAAACUCAAAAUUGGAAUGUAUUGAUGAGCAUGGUCAAGAUUCUAUGUCAACUGAUAUCUGUGUAGAGGAUGAAUACUAUGAGGAAUUUGAUGACUUUGAUCCUUAUUUAUUUAUAAAAAACUUACCAGAGUUGUCAUCUGUUGUACCUACUUUUCGGCCUGUGCUACUACCUAAGCAGACCCGGAGUUGCCCACCUACCACUCUUGUCUUGGACUUGGAUGAAACUUUGGUGCAUUCCACGUUAGAACCUUGUGAUGAUGCAGACUUCACAUUCCCUGUAAAUUUUAAUCUCCAGGAACACACUGUUUAUGUUCGAUGCCGUCCUCACCUAAGAGAUUUUAUGGAAAGAGUUUCCAGUCUUUUUGAGAUAAUUAUUUUUACAGCUAGUCAAAGUAUUUACGCAGAGCAACUUCUGAAUGUGCUUGAUCCAAAGAGGAGAAUAUUCCGCCAUCGUGUUUUCCGAGAAUCAUGUGUUUUUGUGGACGGCAAUUACCUGAAGGAUUUGUCAGUCCUUGGCCGUGAUCUUGCACGUGUUAUCAUUAUUGACAACUCUCCGCAGGCAUUUGGGUUCCAAGUAGACAAUGGAAUACCAAUUGAGAGCUGGUUUGAUGACCGUUCAGAUCAAGAACUACUGUUAUUACUUCCAUUUUUGGAGAGCUUGGUUGGAGUUGAAGAUGUGAGGCCACUGAUUGCAAAGAAAUUCAAUCUUCGGGAGAAAAUAGCUGGAGCUGUUUAUCCUCCCUUAAAUUCAAACAGAGGAGACCCUUUCGAAAGGUGAACUUGAGUGUGAACAGUUUGAAUAGGACUGAUUUUGUCCUGUAUCAUAGACAGUUGUUCCUAGGAAUACCAUUCUCUUUGUUGAGGGCCUUUGCAUGAUCAAGAUUUGAAAUUGCUAGUGUCAUUCCAACCAGAAGGAAGAAAAAUAAAUCAAGGUGUAGCCGUGUGUCAGACAGUCUGAAAUGAUUAACAUAGGUGAAAGUGCAAGACUGCUUUUAUAGGUAACUCUCAUUCUCUGAAUGAUGUUAGCCUAGAAAUAAUUUUUUUUUUCUUUUUGUAAUAAAUAUAGAAUAUAGAAUUAUGUUAUGGGUUGAAAAGUGAUUGCAAGUCAUCUUUCAGAAAUUUCUUUGGUAAUUGUUAUCAAAUCAAGAACCUGUCUGAACAUAGGACCUGGAAAUUGUUCGUCUAUUAUUUGCUAAUUUCUUUAUUUAUUGCAAAAUGAUGAUUAUUAUGAAAAAA